CGGUACAUUUAGAAGUUGCCCAUAGUCUUACCGCACAAUCAUGCAUAAUGGCGAUCCGUCGUUUCAUUAGCCGCCGAGGUCCCGCCUCGGAAUACUUCUCGGACAACGGGACGAACUUGCGAGGAGCGAGUAAGGAGAUAGUCCAACAAGUACGGGAAAUUGAUAAUGUUUGCGCCGACGAAUUUACGACUGCUAUCACGAGUUGGCACUUCAUCCCACCAGGAACACCCCACAUGGGAGGGGCGUGGGAGAGGAUGGUGCGCUCGGUGAAGCAGGUCAUGACAGCCUUAGACGACGGACGUCGACUGAACGAUGAAAUUCUCCUAACUACGCUAGCUGAAACUGAGGACAUGAUCAACAGCCGGCCCCUUACUCUUGUAUCUACGGAUCCAGUGGUAGGUGCACUUUGUCCCAAUGUAUUCCUGCGUGGUUCAGAUCCUAACGAGCCGCAUGAAGUCAUCAAACCUACCAACCCUGCAGAGGCCCUUCGGGAUGCUUACAAGCGAUCGCAGCAGCUGGCUGACGACUUAUGGAAACGGUGGAUAAAAGAAUACGUGCCGACAGUCAACCAGCGAUCCAAGUGGUUCUCUGAAGCAGAUCCUCUUAAGAAAGGAGAUCUCGUGUACGUGGUAGAUGGAAAUCGACGUAAGGCAUGGGUACGAGGAAUCAUCGAGCAGCCGAUCAUAUCCGGUGACGGACGUGUACGGCAGGCAUUGGUGCGCACAUCGGGUGGUGUUUUCCGACGCGGAACGACUAAUCUAGCAGUGCUAGAGAUCGAUGGUAGUACGGAAGGUGUUCAAAAUGUGGGUCCAGAGAGUGCCGCUCACCAUGCAACUUUUAAAAUUAGCGGUAACUCUGAUCCGGUGGCUCCAGAGAGUGGUUCCGGACCAGGUUUACGGGUGGGGGACUGUUGAGCGUGUAACUGCGCGACUCGGCAGCCAUGUCGGAAAGUGAGACGGAGACCGGUGAUUGGUGAUGGGGAGUAGGAUAAACAAAAAUAAAAGAAACAAACUAAAAUUUGGCUCGUCAUUGCGUGCUUAGUGCAGGAGUGAUUUGUAAAAUUAUCUUAUUAAGCUAAAAUAGUACGGUUAGUGCUGAGUAGUACGGAUUAACAUUUACUGGAGGACGUUGUACAUUUAAAAACCGUAAGUGAAAGACAUUUGCUAAAAUACUUAUUACUAAAAUUGUAUUUGACCUCACAUAGGUAACAGCAACAGAAUCUAACCUACAAAAACAGUUCCGAUUGAUACAGUUAGUUCGUGAAACAAGAUAAAACCAUUUGAAUUGGUUUCGAGCUGAUAGCAAAAAAGCAGCGAUUUAAUUUCUUGAUCCCGGUACACCGACGUUACUGUCCGAUAAAAGAAAACUUAAUCUUCAAGCUGCUAUACAAGAAAGGCUGCUCUGAGGAUUCGUUUUAAUUAUCCGA